AUGCAGCUCAAGGGGCAUCAAAUCGUCCUCGUGCUGCUCGGUACGCCGUCGGCGAUGGAGAGUAAUAGCGUGCUCGUGGCGGCCCUCAAGUACGGCGUUCCGGCCGUGCUUCUGCCCGAUACGAUGGCGAACGAGCCCCGCCUGAUGGCGGUACCUCAGACGGAGCUCCAGGUCGAGUUCGCGCGCGAUCCGCUAUCCCUCGCGCUGAGCCGUGCCGACGAGCUCUCCAUGGAGGUGAUCGCGGUCUACCAAACAAACGACUUUGCGCCCGAUGCCACUUCGUUGUUUCUGUUUUCGCAUCCCGCGCGCGCGCUCUACCUCUUUGCCCCACCCUCCCAAGAAGAGGCUCUAGCGCCCGCCAUCGCGCGCACCGCGGCGGCGCCUAUUUUCGUGGGCGCCGUCCGACGCCUCGAGCGCGGGAUCCCCGCGAACGAAUGUCUGUACGAUCGACUGACGAAAACCCAAGGAUGA